CACAAACACCACCCUGGGUGACUCCUAACAUAACUUUUGCACAAACACCACCCUGGGUGACUCCUCACAUAACUUUAGCACAAACACCACCCUGGGUGACUCCUAACAUAACUUUAGCACAAACACCACCCAGGGUGACUCCUCACAUAACUUUAGCACAAAUACCACCCAGG